AUGAUAUGAUGUGGAGGAAAAAGGGUGGUCCCACACUCGCAGCCAAUUCAGAUCAGAUCAGUGUCUACUAUGGUUUACUACACUCAGAUUCAUCGUAUCAAAUUCAGAUGUUUUAUUUUUUAUUUUUUCUUAUUAUAUAAAUUAUUAAAUAAAAAUAAAAAUAAAAAUAAAAAUAAAAUAAAAUAAUCCAAAUAUGAGACACAAAAGCCUCUCUUUCUCUUCCUCCUCCUCCUCCCCGUCUCCUUGCCCUCCCCUGAAAUCUGACCGAGGGAAGUCGUCUCUCCUUCCUAAAGUGACAGUGACAGGGGGCUAUAUCUCCCUCUGGAUUGGAAGUUGAAAGAAACCCUAGCUUGCUAAGUGUAAACAACAACUGAACAAGGGACAAAAGAGAAGCAAUGGCCCAAGACGAAGCCCCGGCUGCUGCUUCAUCAUCAUCAUCAUCGUCAUCAGAUCCAUCUCUUUCUCUCUCUCGAAACGUUUCGUUUAGCAGACUCAACGCCCGUGCUCCCGAAUUCGUCCCCUCCCCUCGCGCAGAUCCCCACACGAUCCCUACUCCGCCUCCUCCUCCUCCUCCUCCUCCUACUCCGCCUUUCCAGCCCCCUCCUUUCCAUGUUCCUGUGGGACCCAUUCACCCUCACGUGCCUCACGUCAUCCCCAUUCAGAACCAUCACCACCCCCAUCCCCACCCCCACCACCACCACCAUCACCAUCCCCAUCCCCAGCACCAUCAUCCUCAUCCCCAUCUCCAGCUACAGUAUCAACCCCACCAGCAUCAUCACUUCUAUGCACCACCUGGUUCUUCUGACCAACACCAUCAACAGCAAUCCCAGGGCCAGGGCGCUGAUCCAGUGGAUCACUCUGCCCACUCCUCCAACGCCAACGCCAACUCCAACUCCAAGUCUAAGCUCUCCGACGACGCUGCUCUCAAGAUUUUGAACCAGGUGGAGUAUUAUUUCAGUGAUUUGAAUUUGGCUACUACUGAUCAUUUAAUGAGGUUCAUCAGCAAGGAUCCUGAAGGAUUUGUGCCGAUAUCUGUUGUUGCAUCUUUCAAAAAGAUUAAGGCCCUCACUAGUAGUCAUGCCCAGCUUGCAACUGUUUUGCGUAACUCAUCAAAGCUUGUUGUUAGUGAAGAUGGAAAAAAGGUUAAACGCCAGCAUCCCCUGACAGAGUCUGAUAUGGAAGAGUUGCAAGUAGGUUUAACUUGCUUCUUUGGAUCUGCCACGUUGUAUUUUUUAGCAAGAUACUUUGUUGUCUUGUUUAUAAUGUUAUUCUGUUCCUUUGGGCAUGCAUCAUUAUUCUGUUUUUCAUCCCGCAUAAUUGUUGCUGAAAAUUUGCCGGAGGAUCAUUGCCACCAAAAUCUUAUGAAGGUUUUCUCUGCUGUUGGAAGUGUGAAAACAAUCCGCACCUGCCAGCCGCAAAUCUCCAAUGGAGGGGCCUCUUCAGCAUCCAGAUCAGCAAAAGCUGAUUGCAUGCUCUUCAGUAAUAAGUUGCAUGCAUUUGUCGAAUAUGAAUCUGUUGAGCUGGCUGAAAAGGCCGCUGCAGAGCUAAAUGAUGAGAGGAAUUGGAGGAGUGGUCUUAGGGUCCGUUUAAUGCUUAAACGCACGUCCAAACCUAUCCAAGCACGAGGAAAAAAAGGGCAUGAUGGAGAUGUUCAAUGUGAGGAAGAUGAUAAUUACACAUCUGAGCACUUGGCCUUUGAGAAACAAUCAGAAGAUUCUUCUCAGCACUCUGAUGCCAAUUCUCAUGAACAUCUAGGAGAGGAACAUUGCAAUGACAAGGAAGGGGGACAGAGAAAAGGGCGGAAUCGGGGGCGCAACAAGGGACGUGGAAGAGGUCAAUACAAUCACAAUAAUAGAGCAAAUCAUGUGGGAACUCCCCCCCAAAACAACAAUUCAGGUAGUAAUGAUCAGGCAGGAGGUGUUGCAAAGCAGCAGCCUCCCGGACCCCGCAUGCCUGAUGGUACGAGAGGAUUUGCAGUGGGUCGGGGGAAACCAGUUUCUGUUAGGAUUACCACAUAAUGAAAUGUGAUGAUUUAACAUACUAGCUCUAGAAGGUGUGCUUCUCCAUGUUAUGUUUGGGGUUCUGAUGGGGAUGGGAUCUGUGCUUCUCAUGUGGGUGUUGAUGGCAGGGUUUUUACAUAAGGCUGUCAAUCCCCUAUCUAGUUGAAGCAACCCUCAACUUUGUCUCUAUUAGUUGAUUACUCUUCUUUCUUUUUUCUUUUGGUGUUCUCUAGUCGGGUAUGUGGUGAAAACAGAUGUGAUUUUUGCCCCUCUUUUUUUAUUCCAUUGAUGUAGAAAGAAAAGAAAAUAACAAAAAAAAAAAAAAAAAAAGGAAAAAACAAAGAAAAGCAGUGAUGAAUUACUUGUACCUAUAGAUAAAGAAGUAAUUGAAGAAAUGAACGUUAAAAAAGAACGCAUUUUCAGUC